UUGGCCUCGCCGGGGUGGAGCCCCACCUGUCCCUGCCUUCCGGGGCCGUCCCGUGAGGGGCCCUGCCCCGGUAACCCCUCCCCCCGGCCGGGGCCCGCGGCUCCGGGGGGGUUAUCCGCCACCAGAACCGAGGACAGAGCUCAUUCAGCGGGCGCGCAGCCGCGAGUGGACGGCCCAUCCCGGUGGGAGAAGCGGCCUGGAGUCCACACCGCAGGUCCAGGCAUCCAGACCGCCAUCAUGACCACGUUGCUGAGCCUGCUCAUGCUGGGUGUCAGUGUCCUGGGACAGGAGCUCCCCUCCAGCCCUCACGGCUGCACUGAGGGAAGCUGUUACCCGGCCACGGGAAACCUUCUGAUUGGACGGGCUGUCAACCUGAACGCCACCUCCACCUGUGGCCUGAACGGGCCACAGCAGUACUGCAUCGUCAGUCACCUGCAGGAGCCGGACAAGUGUUUCGAGUGCGACUCUGGGCGUCCGUACGACGCGUACCGCCACAGGAACAGCCACCGCAUCCAGAACGUGAUCUACCUCACGGACGCCAACGGAGACCCCACCUGGUGGCAGUCGGUCAACGGGAAAGAGGACGUCAGCAUCAGACUGAACCUCGAGGCGGAGUUCCACUUCACACAUCUCAUCAUGAAGUUUAAGACCUUCCGACCGGCGGCUAUGAUCAUCGAGCGCUCGGCAGAUUUCGGACGCUCGUGGCGCCCGUACCGCUACUUUGCCUCCAACUGCACCAGGACGUUUCCCGGCGUUCCCGCCCGGGGGCUGCAGCGCAUCAACGACGUCAUCUGCGAGGAGCGCUACUCCGACAUCGAGCCCUCCACCAACGGAGAGCUUUUGCGCAUCACCAACCUGCGGAUCAACUUCACGAAGCUCAACACUCUGGGAGACGACCUGCUGGACCGCCGCUCGGACGUGCUGCAGAAGUACUACUACGCCCUGUACGAGCUGGUGGUGCGGGGCAGCUGCUUCUGCUACGGCCACGCCUCCGAGUGCGCCCCGGUGGAGGGCGUGGCCCCCGGGGAGGCCGGCAUGAUCCACGGCAGCUGCAUCUGCAACCACAACACCGAGGGCCUGAACUGCGAACGCUGCAGAGAUUUCUACGACGACCUGCCCUGGAGGCCCGCCGAGGCCCAGAACCCGCACACCUGCAGAGCUUGUAACUGCGAUCCCCGUGGAAUCAUCAUGACGGGAGCGGCCUGCGACCAGAUCAGCGGCGACUGCUUCUGCAAGAGAUACGUCACGGGCCGCUACUGCGACCAGUGUCAGCCUGAGUACUGGGGCCUCAGUAAUGAUCUGGCUGGCUGCAGAGCCUGUGACUGUGACUUCGGUGGAGCCUUCAACAACAAGUGCACGAUGGAAAACGGCCAGUGCGACUGCAGGAAGAAUCUGAUUGGUCGGCAGUGUUCGGACGUGCAGCCGGGGUUUUUCUGCGCCCCGCUGGAUUACCUCAGAUAUGAGGCUGAGGACGCCGCCGGACACCCCCCCAGCAGCUCCUCACUGCCGGGCAAAGUUCGUCCUCAGGCCAGUGACGACUGUAUCCAGCACCUGAAUAACCAGGCGAGGAGGCACCGGCGACACGGGCGAAUAUCCAGCUCUCAGCAACACCAGGCGGCCCUGAGACGCAUCCGCCAGCUUCAGCAAACACCGGACGUGGCAGUCGUUCGGAGGGAGCACUCUCCCAGCCACAUGGUGACCUGGACCGGACCCGGAUUCGCCCGGGUCAAAGACGGCGCCGGCCUGGUGUUCACCAUCGACAACAUCCCCUUCGCCAUGGAGUAUGACCUCAUGAUCCGCUACGAGCCCGAGUCCACAGAGGACUGGGAGGCCGUCGUUAGUAUUUCCUCCGUCAUGCUGCCCUCAAGUCUGCGGUGUGGAAACCUCCUACCGACCGAACAGCUCUACACGCAGACCUUACUGCACCGUAACAGAUACAUCCAGAUGUCCAGGCCAUUUUGUUUUGAGCCCGAUAAUCGUUACGUGGUGGCCAUCAGGUUCCAGCGCCACGGAGUCGCUCACAGACACCUGACCGCCUUCAUUCUGAUCGACUCGCUGGUUCUGAUACCCAAAUACACUGAGCUCAGCGGUUUCCAAGGCAACGGGCAGGCUGCGGAGCAGCGUCAGGAGGACAUGGCCCGCUACAUGUGUUUGGACUCCUUCAUGAUCACCCCGACGCCUGUCCUGGCCGAGAUGUGCUCCAAGCUCAUCUGCAGCAUCUCCUCCAUCAUCUACGACGGCGCCCUGCCCUGCCGGUGCGACCCCCAGGGCGCGCUCAGCGGGGAGUGUGAGCGGGUGGGGGGCCAGUGCCGCUGCAAGCCCAACGUGAUUGGCCGGCGCUGCGGGCAGUGCGCCCCGGGGACCUACGGCUACGGGAUCCAGGGCUGCACCGGUGCCCGCUGUGACCAGUGCGCCCCCGGUUACUACGGCAACCCCGAGCAGCCGGGCGGCCAGUGCUCCCCGUGCAGGUGCAACAACAACAUCGACCCCCAGGACCCGGGGUCAUGUGACCGGCGGACCGGCCGCUGCCUCCGGUGCCUGCACCACACCGACGGCCCCGCCUGCGCCCGCUGCCAGCAGGGUUACUACGGCAACGCCCUCACCCAGGACUGCAGACUCUGCACCUGUGUGACCGCCGGCACGCUGCCGGCCGCCUGCCCGGACGGGCCGUGCCACUGCAACCACCAGACCGGCGCCUGUCCCUGCAGGGAGAACGUGGUCGGCCACAACUGCGACCAGUGCGCCGACAACUACUGGAACUACGGGCGGGACGGGGGCUGCCAGCCCUGCGGCUGCAGCCCCGGCCACGCCCUGGGAGCCCACUGCAACAUGUUCACCGGGCAGUGCCACUGCCGGCCGGGCUUCGGGGGCAGACAGUGCACGGAGUGUGAGCAGUUCCACUGGGGGGACCCGCGGGUGCAGUGCCAAGAGUGCAACUGCCACCCCCUGGGCUCGGAGAUGGCCCAGUGCGACCGGCUAACGGGGCAGUGCGAGUGCCGGGAGGGGGCUGCGGGGGGCCGCUGUGAGGAGUGCGCCCGGGGCUUCUCGGGCAGCUUCCCCAGCUGUGCCCGCUGCCACGCCUGCUUCCAGCUGUGGGACGACAUCGUCUGCCAGAUCAAGCGGGACCUGGACCACAUCCAGUACGCCGUGGAGAGGAUCCUGGAGAACGGGGUCCUCCCCGGAGGCAACGAGACCCGCAUCAAGGAGCUGGAGAGGAAGCUGAGGCGGGUCCAGGAUCUGAUCAGAACGGAGGACAACGCCAGGAUCCACCAGAUGAUCGGGCAGAGCAUCGACGACCUCAGAGCUGAGAUCGCGCUCACUGAUGGACGCCUGAUGGGAAUCGGCCGAGAGCUAAAUGCCACAGCAGGAGCGGAGGAGGCCCUAAAAAGCACUCUGGACGACUUAGAGAAGCAGCUGAGGGACGUCAACGGCACCGUGGCUCACAAAAAACACCUGCUGGACAACUACUUGUCCUCAGGAUUUGCAGAUCAAUUUGAGAAGGUGAAGAAGUCCUACCGGGAGUCGCUGCAGGCCGAGGAGAAAUGCAACGCCUCCGUCUCGGGGCCCGUGGAGCAGUCCGCCGAGACCCGAGCAAAGACGGAGCUCCUGUUGAAUGAAACCAGAGAGGCUUUCCUCCAGGACAUAGCUGCCCAGAACAAAUCGAUCAAAGAGCUGCAGGACAAGGCCUCCGACCUGGACGAGCAGGUCAGGCUAGUCAGCAACAAGGUCUGCGGUGGGGGCGGGAAUGCCUCCGCCAACGGCAGCUGCCCGGAGAGCCCGUGCGGCGGCGCCGGUUGCCGCGACGACCGGGAUGAGCUGGUGUGCGGAGGGAAGGGAUGCAACGGGACGGUGAGCUCCGCGGAGGACGCUCUGAGCAAAGCCAGGAACGUCUCCCACAGCCUGGACGCCUUCACCAAAGACCUGCAGACCGUCUCCAGAAAGCUUGAGGAUUUAUCUUCUCUGACCCGGAGCGUGAAGAACCAGACGAUGGCCACGCUGGAGAAGGCUCAGCAGAAGAAGGAGUACUUCGAAAAGAGCAACAAGGAUCUGAAAGACCUGAUUAAGAAGAUCAAAGACUUCCUGACAGAGGAGGGAGCGGAUCCGGAGAGCAUAGAGAAGAUCGCGAAGCAGGUGUUGUCCAUCACGCUGCCAUUCAACAGGACCACGCUGGACCACAUGGUCAGAGACAUCAAGGACAGCCUGGCCAACCUGACCACCGUCGAGGGAGUGGUCAACCAAACCUCGCAGCACAUCAGCACAGCCAAGGAGCUGCUCAAGAGAGCUAAAGAUGCAGAGAGCCAGGCCGUGGGCGUGAGGGACGCCGUCAACGUCACCAAGCAGGCGCUGGAGGAGUCGGAGAAGGCCAUCCAGAAAGCAGAGUCCGCCCUAAAAGACGCCCGGGACAACCUGAACGGCACACAGAACACCACCGCUGAGCUCGGGGUUUCCAGCGGAGGCUGCCCCGCGCUGGGAACUCCUCACCGGCCGGACAGACCCGGACAGAUCCGCAACAAGUGUCCGGAGAGGAAACACUUUUUUUUCCAGCGGAACAUAUACCCGAGAAUCGGAAACGAGACCCCGGACCCCCAGCUCCCUUCUCCGUUUCCCAAACAAAACCAUCAGGGAGCCGCUUGCCCGUGA